AUGAUGCUCUCUCUCCUUUGGCUGCUUCCGUCGGCGCUCGCCGCUCAGCCCUCCGCACCCGACCCUAUCUCCGCUCCGCUACGCUCUCUAGACUUCGGGCAACUAAAUUUCCUCCAUACUACUGAUACACAUGGCUGGCUGGCGGGUCAUCUGCAGGAGCCCUCCUACUCCGCAGACUGGGGAGACUAUAUAUCGUUUGCGACCCGGAUGCGAGAAAAGGCAGAGGCACAGGGACAAGAUUUGUUGGUCAUAGAUACCGGGGACCGAGUCGAAGGAAAUGGCCUCUAUGACUCGUCCGAGCCGAAGGGGGUCUACCUCUCAGACAUCUUACGGCACCAACACAUCGACUUGUUAACGUCGGGAAACCAUGAACUAUAUAAGCAAAAUACCUCCGAGGCGGAGCUUUUCACCACCGUGCCGAAUUUCCGGGGGAACUAUCUUGCAUCAAACAUUGAUAUAUUCCACCCUACGACCAAAGAGCUUGUGCCUCUUGCUCCGCGGUACAAGAAGUUUACUACCAAGAAACAGGGCAUCCGGAUAAUCGCGUUUGGUUUCCUGUUUGAUUUCACCGGAAAUUGGAACAAUACAGUCGUCCAAAAAGUGUCUUCCACUAUUAAAGAGGACUGGUUCCAGGAGGCUAUUCGAGAUAAGGAGGUGGACUUGUUUCUAGUAAUCGGUCAUGUGCCGGUCCAUUCGCCUGAGUACCAGGCUAUCUUCAGGGAGAUUCGAGGCACCCGCUGGGAUACCCCCAUCCAGUUCUUCGGUGGUCAUCAACACAUCCGCGAUUAUGCUCGGUACGACUCCAAGGCAUUUGGACUGGCAAGUGGUCGAUUUAUGGAGACGGUUGGAUUCGCGUCCAUCGACGGUCUCAAUACACCCGAGAGCAAGCAUUUGUCGAGUGCAGUCACCACCCCUAUUUUCAAGCGAAGAUACAUUGACCAGAACUUGUUUUCCUACUAUCACCACACUGGACUGGAUGAACAGUCAUUCCCCACAGAAAAGGGUCAGAAUGUUUCCCGACUGAUCGCCAAAGCACGGACCGAUCUUCACUUAGAUCAGGUCCAUGGAUGUGCUCCACAGGAACUGUGGAUGUCUCGCGUCAAGUACCCGAGUCCUAACAGCUUGUACACCUGGCUUGAGACCCAGGUGCUGGCUGAUUCACUCAAAGAUGAGAAUCGGGUUAAUAUCCCCACCCUGGCUGUGGUAAAUACCGGUGCCAUGAGAUUUGAUAUUUUCCGGGGGCCUUUCACACAGGACUCGACCUUUAUUGUGUCACCUUUCACCAGUGGCUUCCGAUAUGUGAAGGAUGUGCCUUAUGACAAGGCCCAGCUUAUCGUGGAGGUUUUGAACAAGCAACCUCAGGUGUUGCAGGCUUCGCAGGAAGACGAUUCUCCCACAACACUGGCCCCGCCUGAACAAUUGGCGUAUUCCGAAGAUGUUGUGGCCAGUAAUUGGCCGGUUUCAUCUGACCAAAUCCCCUUGUCCCGCAGUGACAAGCUCGCACCUGGGUACACCACCGAAGACGAUGCAGGCAAAGACGGUGAUGAUACUGUCCACGAGCCCAUCUCUUUUUACCGUGUGCCCAAUUGUCUUCAGGUGCUUUUGAACAAUGCAACGGAGACCCCAGAGACUGUAGAUUUGGUGUACAUCGACUUCAUCGAGAAAUAUGUGGUCCUGGCCGCCAAGUUUGCCGGCCUUGGUAUCGAUAUCGCCAAGGAAAGCGAUGUGUAUAUGCCCCAUAUGUCACUGACGAACCUGAUCUUGAAUUGGGUCAAGAAGAACUGGAAGUGUUGA